AUGGGUGAUCGUCAGGUGAAUUACUCUUUGCCCUUUGCCAACCUACAUUCUCUGAGCAUCCCAUUGGGGAUGAAUCGGUCCGGUAGCCGCGACAGUUUCCUGACCGACAUGUCCAACGUCUCUGUGGCCAGUCUGAUGUCCGAGCGCAGCGCGCUGUCCGACCUGGAUACCGACGAGGCCCAACAGAAUGACUGCAUGUACGUCCGUUUUCCAUACGAUGAGUUGCUGAAGAUGGUUAAACCGUGCGGCAGCGACGACCUUGGCGACGGCGACGCUGACAGCAGCGGUGAUGGGCUCGGUGGCGGUCGUCGGUCUGAAGACUGCAGUCCCGGGGACAGUGGCCGAAAGAGCGAACCUAAGCGAAAGCUGUACGGUCAUGAGCCUCUGUCGAUCUUGCUUAGUCCAAACCUGUACCGAAGCUUCAGUUCCCCAGAACUGACCGAUGAAAGCAGUCGCGGCGAUGGGACCGAACACCGGCAACCGCCGGUUCAUAAUGGCACCCACAAAGUGACCGAUUCACCGGCACUUCCUCUGAAACGCUGCCUGUCGGAUGCAGUUCUGCUACGACGUUCCUCGAACGUCAUUUCACAGACAAAGUUUCGCAUCAGCCCAUACCGUAACAUGACGCCGACACAGGUGACCGAACUGAAGCUGCUGGUAGUCGAGGCGCUGGCCAGGACGGGUCACUUCCCAUCUUCUCCGGAUGUAGCGCGCCAGUUCGGUCAGCGGACGACGGCGCAAGAAAAAAGCACAAUGGUUCUCAACUGGCUGAAGACCAUGUACGAUCAUCUGAACGACAAUCUGAGCGCCUUCACCUUGCACUUGAAGAAUAAAUGA